ACGAAAACAUCUUGCCUUCUCUGGGCAUUGUUUUGAAGGAAAAAAGCAUCCAGUUGUAUACAUUAUUAACCUUUUAACAUCUGCUAUUUUUAGUAUUGCUUAGGCGUGAUAACUCGGUGCAAGAAUGGUAGGAUAGCGGUAGUUGCUAAGGACUCAAGAUGGGGGAUCCGAAUUUUUCCAAGGCCUACAUUCAGAAUCUAAUAGACGAGUUAAAAACGUCCAAAAUCUACACCGACCUCCAAUUUGCUGCACAGGUAGAAAUAGCAAAACCUACCCUGAGGUUGUCUGAACUUAAAAAAGGAGUUUUAAAUGGUCUUGUAAACUCUGGCUGGGACAGGAAACUUAGGAAUGCAAUAUACAGGUUCCUCCAAACACAUCCAAAACUUCAGUAUCCAAACCCACCAGCUGAACAUUUGAAAGAACCACUAGUGUAUCUCAGAAAAGCACAGCAAGGAUGGGAAAAGAGAAUUCUAAAGAGCUUGAACAGCAUGUGUACAGAACUGAAUAUACCACUUGCUAGAAAGAGGCCAGAAAAAGACCAGAAAGAAUGGGCACAGAAAUGGACAGAGCUUGGUAUUGAUGGCCCAGUCCACAUUGAAAAGACUGAACCAAAAGCUGCAUCUGAGAAAGAUUUGAGCCAAAUCCGUCCAGUGUAUGCCCCAAAAGAUUUCCUAGAAGUCAUCAUAAGUUUACAGAACCCAAACAAUCAUGGUUCAGACACUCCUGGAUUUUACCAUCUCUGGGGAAUUGUGCAAGUUCCUCUAAAUGUCAAGGACAUUGAUGAAUUGAGACUCCAGUACAGUGAUAUGUCAAUCAAUCAAUGUCAGUCAGGGAUCGACGAUUGUCAAGAUAUUCCAUCAGAACUCUUCGAACAGGAAAGGGUCAAACUAGGAAAGAAAGUGAUAAAUGCAAAUCAUGGCCCUCUUGCUCAAGAAUUUUCUAAGAAAGGGUGCCCCACUAGCAUGCGCGCUACACUGUGGUGUCAAAUACUGGCAAUUGAGGUGGAUGAAAUUGAUAUCCUCUAUUAUGAACAACUGAAAACAAACGUGCUGCAACAUGACUUGUUAGUUGACAGUCUACUUUACAAGGAUGUGAAGCUAACUGCCACGAAUGAUGACCAGUAUUUCGUUUUUGAGGACUUUUUAUAUCAGAUUCUGUUACCAUUUUCAAGAGAUACAUGUGUAUUGAAACACUUUGAUUAUAACAGUGCAAGCCCCCCUAAAUCAUAUAUCCGUGGGAGGUUAGGCAUGGAUGAGUUUGCUGUGAAUUACCCCCCAAAUGGUGUGAUUCCCUUCCAUGGAUUUGCUAUGUAUGUGGCACCAAUGUGUUUUCUGUAUAAAGAGCCUAUCACCCUUUACUACGUGUUUAGAGAGAUGUAUGUGCGCUAUUUCUUCAGACUCCACAGUAUUGCUUCACAUCCACAGGGAAUUGUUGGCCUGAGUCUACUCUUUGAAUCACUUCUUCAGACACACGAAUCAGAUCUGUUCUUUCACCUCAAGUCUGUUGGAUGUCAACCACUUAAGGUAGCAUUUAAGUGGCUUGUACGUGCCUUUUCGGGAUACCUUUCCAGUGACCAGGUGCUUUUGUUGUGGGACCGCAUCCUAGCAUACAACUCAUUGGAGAUCUUGUCAGUGUUGGCGGUGGCAAUAUUUUCCUUCAGAAAGACCAAUUUAAUGAAGGUUCAAUCCUAUAACGCAGCAGAGGCAGUUUUAGCGGAUUUGACGACGUUACAAGUUAUUCCCUUAAUUCAGUUAAGUCUCUUCUCCAAGUGAAUGUUCACUGAUGAAGUAACUGUCAACACGCCGCAUCCACUGGGUCUAAUCAGAGGAGCUAUGGUGACAUUAAACACAGGACAGUCGGCACCAUAAGCUGAAUUAUUGAGAUGGGAAUUUGUCAUUAUUUCAGAUACUUCAUCAUUAUAUGACUGUGAUAUUACAUAUGGGUAGUUUUAUUGUUGAGGACAUUGUCGAUUUUGUUCAUAUUAGUUUUUUAUAAUCUGGAAGAAAUAUACGUGUGUUUUGAAUAUGACAAUUCUUCAAAUAAAAUUAUUAUUAUA